UCAAUUUAUUGUUUUUCCUAAGCUUGAUUCAAAUGCUAACUACAGUUUGGAGAGAGAUUACAUUCUUUAUACUUGUGUAUUUUAAUCUUCAUUCAAAUUUCAAAGUGUCGGAGACAUGCGAGGUGCUCAAGCUUUAUACUUUCUCCAAAGAGCAACAACGAGCUUAGCUCAGCAUUUGUGUCAUCCUGCACCGCUUGUUGUGAUGCCUCGUUUGGAGUUUAGUUCGUUUCUUCAAGAAAACCCUAGCGGCAUCGUCUAUACCCAUAACCGUAAAAUUGAUGAAUUGAUUAAAUCCGGGAACUUGAUCACUGCACAGGAAGUGUUCGAUGGAAUGUCUGUACGAGAUGUUGUUACUUAUAAUCUUCUUAUUUCUGGCUAUAGUCGGAAUGGGUGUUCUUUAAGAGCUUUUGAACUCUAUGCAAAGAUGGUUACUUGUGGUCUUAGAGAGAGUGCUUCCACGUUUCCUUCGGUUCUGAGUGUAUGUAGUGAUGGAUUGUUCUGUAGAGAAGGGAUUCAAGUUCAUUGUAGGGUGGUUUCACUCGGGUUUGAAUGUAAUUUGUUUGUUAGAUCUGCACUUGUGGGUCUUUAUGCCUGUUUGCAGCUUGUAGAUGUUACUUUGAAGUUGUUUGAUGAAAUGCCUGAGAGAAAUUUACCAGUUUGUAAUUUGCUGUUGAGAUGUUUUUGCGAGGCUGGAGAUUCCAAGCGGUUGUUUGGUGUGUUUCAUAGGAUGGAACUUGAAGGUGUUACUGAAAAUGGGUUAACUUAUUGUUAUAUGAUCCGUGGUUGCUCUAAUGAUCAGUUGUAUUAUGAAGGGAAGCAAUUGCAUUCCCAAGUGAUUAAAUCUGGAUGGGACAUGUCUAAUAUAUUUGUAGCUAAUGCGCUUGUGGACUUCUACUCUGCUUGUGGUGAUUUAUUUGAUUCUAUGAGAGCAUUCAAUGCUGUCCCAGAAAAGGAUGUGAUAUCGUGGAACUCGAUUGUUUCUGUAUGUGCAGAUUAUGGGUCUGUGCUUGAUUCUGUUGAUUUGUUUAGCAAGAUGCAGUUUUGGGGGAAGAGACCUUCGAUACGGUCAUUCAUGUCUUUUCUAAAUUUCUGCAGUAGAAACAGCGAUAUUCAGUCCGGUAAGCAGAUCCAUUGCUAUGUCCUCAAAAUGGGUUUUGACGUUUCAAGUCUUCAUGUGCAGUCUGCCCUAAUUGACAUGUAUGGAAAGUGCAAUGACAUUGACAGUUCUUGUUGGUUUACCAGAGUUUGCCUGGCUUGAGCCUUGAGUGUUGUAACUCGUUGAUGACUUCUCUGAUGCACUGUGGCAUUACUAAAGAUAUCAUCGAGAUGUUUGGUUCGAUGAUCAGU